GGAGAUUGUUAGCUCUGCCUCCUCACUGAUGUAGUUACACAUUAACCCAACAGGUAUGCCUGUGGUUUACAAUCACUCUACCUUUAACCUUUGCGCAACUGGGCUCCAUUUUAAUAUAAAAUACAACAACGAAACAGGAGCUUUAAGAGAGAGAUACAACGCUGACUGAGUUUAACUAAAGGGAUCAGGAAACUAUGAGAACCACAGGCUGUAUCCUGAGAUCUGUAUUGUGUUGCUGGGGGACCAUCCUUGCCAUGACACAGACUCCAAACCUGUGCUUUGUCACCAAUGAGCUGGGAUCAUUGUCCAGCGUAGCGCUUUGCUAUUGGACUGGGAGCUUUGUGUAAAGAUACAGGAGUACAAGCAGAUGAUCAGCUGCAGUGAGAAGAAUCUCAAACUAAUCCCGUCGACAGUUAACAAGAGCACUGUGACCACCAUGGAUCUAUCACAGAACCAGCUGGACUUCUCCAGCCCUGAAAACCAAAGGAGACUACAGAGCCUUGUGUCUUUGAUUUCCCUUAACCUUUCCAGCAACUACCUCCCCCUGCUGGAAAGAUCGACCUUCAGCAACCUCACCAAACUACAGAGCCUGGAUCUCAGCAACUGUAGUCUGAAGGAGAUAAAGCCUGGGGCUUUCCACGACCUGUCUAACCUACAGACACUCAUUCUCAGCAGGAACCAGCUCAGGGGCUCCCUCCCUCUGGCUUUCCUGGAUCUGAAGCGCCUAACGUUGCUGGAUCUGCAGAACAACAGCUUGGUCUCUGUCGAACUGCCAUUCCUGGACUGGCUUGGGAAGGUGAAUGACGUGAAACUUCAUGGCAAUGAGUGGAGGUGUCACUGCCCAAGCAGCGCCAUCCAGCAGUGGGUCAAGCAAUCCAGAGUGUCUGGGUUGAAGUGCUCCUCCCCUGAUGACUCCAAAGGCUUGUACAUCGAGGCCUAUCCGUGCAAGGAAAGUGUUUUUAUGUCUCUCAGUGCUGAGUACCGAGAUACUGUCUACAUCGCAGGACCAUUCAAUACCAAUGGGUCAGUAGGGACCAACAGCAGUGUGCCACCAGGGGGCGCCAAAAGCAUGCCCAGCUGGAGGUACCUGGUGGCGGUGCUGGUGACGGCUAUCUGCCUCUCCGUCCUGAUCGCGCUGGCCGUGAAGUGCAAGCUCUUCAGCCGCUACCUGGCCAGCUACCGGCACACGCGGCUGUCUGACACCGACACCUCCAGCCGGUACAGCCAGUACGACGCAGAGAGCAUGUCUGGGCGGGGAGGGGCCCACCAGCCUGAGCUCGCCCCUGGAGACCUGGAGGAUGAUGAUGGCUUCAUUGAGGAUAAUUACAUCCAGGCCAGCGAGAGGCAGCAAGCCGAGCAGGAGGCAGGGGAGCAGGAGGAGGAGGAGGAGGAAGAUGACUUCCAGUUUUCCAUUGCAUAAAGAGGGGAAGGGAUGGUUACUGGGCAGUUUCUGUAGUUUUUAAGGGUGACUUAAAACUGUCCAGACGGACUGGAGACUCUAACCACUUCCAACAACAAUAUAUUAAAACAAAGAAAAUGUAUACACACAUGUGUUCAGUUCACAUGAAGUGUCUCUAAUUUCUGUGUAUUUACAUAGUACUUCCAGAGUAAACUUACAUGUAUUGUGUGCAUUACAAUGCACUUAAUAUAUUAUUUUUUUUGCAUGAUUUAUCCCUAAUCUUAACCUACCCCUAACCCUAAUUCUAACCCUAACCCUAACUCCACUAACCUUAACUCAAAUCUUACCCUAACCCAAACCCUUUUCUGAUACAAUUGUGUACUUGUGUGUGUGUGUGUGUGUGUGUGUAUAUAUACCUUGCAAAAGAUUGACCUGUUAAAUCCAUUGUAACUAUGCAUAAUAACAUUGUAAUUGCGUGUAAGUCCACAUGUAUUUAUUAAGUAUCUACAAUGUCAAUGCACAGUAAUUAGAGUAAAGUGCUACUGGGGGUUCUUUAUCAGAUUUCUAUUGUUAAAGGGUUUCUUCACAAGCACUCCAUUGGAAAUAUUGCAUUUGCUCACAAGCUGAGGGGUCUGAUUGAUCAGCUCAAUGGGGUAUGCUCUGAUUACACCCGUCACUCCGCUGACCAAUACAAACACAACUUGGAAACCACUGGAGACACAGCUAGUGUUCAUCCUGAAAUGGAUUAUUGAACAUUAGGAACUGCGUGACUCCGGGGUGAAAUGCGCAUUGACAAAGAGCUCUUUAACACAGCGUGUCUGUCAGGUUGCUGUGUUGAAAUCAAAUAAAACAGCGUGGCACCAAGCGGGGAUUUCCAUUUAAAACAUUCCCUGAAAAAUGGGGGUUGACAACCUGAUUCUCUAUCAGCUUUAUUUGAAGUUAUUUUGUGUGUGAUUAUGUUAAUUGCUGUAGUUUAAUAAGUGGCGCAACAAAACAAACCAUUUCAUAUUGUGCAGAAAUAUUCCUGCAGUCUAAAUAAAGACAGAACGUGUCAUGGAAGCCGCAUGUGUGAUAUACUGAUAAUGGAGGAGAAACCAGGAGCUCGCUCGACUAGCGGUUUAAUAGGCUAGUGCUCAUACUGCAAAAUGUAUUGUACUGCUCUGGAUACAACGAGACUAAAAAACAGGGCACGCUUUCCACCAGCAAGGACUGCGGCAUCCUGGAGCCAGACUCGCAAUGAUUUAUAGUGCUUUAAAUAUUAAAUAUACAGUAAAUCAAUGGCAGUAAAUGUGCCUAAUAAGAGGCAUACCAGCAUGGCACCACUAGGGGUCGCUCUUUAACCUUUUCACAAUUCAGAUGUAACUGAAGUAUAUUCUUUUGUUCGCAAAUAAACAACAAUCAUUUGUCUUGUGAUUUAUUCUGUUUUUUGCAGCUUAUAAUAAACUUUCUG